AGCGUCAGUCAGACACUCAGGCUCUUUUCCUCGUCAUAACCAAACCCUAGAAGAGAGAAGCAGAGGGAGGGAGAGAGAAAACUAAAAAGAGGAAAAAAAAAAAAAGAAAAAAAAAGAGAAAGCGAAAAUGAGCUCCCAGAUCUACAGAUCCGCUUUGAGGACGACGAGAGCGCUCAUCUCCGCCUCUCGAAGCUCGCCUCUCUUGUGCGAAGGACGUGGCGCUGCAGUAGCUGCAUUAACUACUUUCAGAGGAAAAAUAUCCACUGUUUCUUCCUUUUAUGAGAAGGCUGAUAAUAAGAAUGCACAACGCGGUUGGAUUUCAUCUGCUCUUGCCGUUCCUGCUGCAGCUUACAUGCUUUAUGAUCAGGAAGCACAUGCUGCGGAGAUGGAGCGCACUUUCAUUGCAAUUAAGCCUGAUGGAGUUCAAAGAGGACUGAUUGCUGAGAUUAUAUCACGUUUUGAGCGCAAAGGAUACAAGCUCAUGGCCAUUAAGUUGGUAGUUCCGACGAAGGAAUUUGCUCAGAAGCACUACCAUGAUCUCAAAGAAAGGCCAUUCUUCGAUGGGCUUUGUGAUUUUCUGAGCUCUGGCCCUGUGCUUGCAAUGGUUUGGGAAGGGGAGGGUGUUAUCAAAUAUGGUCGGAAACUAAUCGGUGCCACAGAUCCGCAAAAGUCUGAACCUGGAACAAUCAGAGGUGAUCUCGCAGUUGUUGUUGGAAGAAACAUCAUUCAUGGGAGUGAUGGUCCUGAAACCGCGAAGGACGAAAUCGCUCUUUGGUUCGAGCCGAGCGAGCUAGUUUCUUACACUAGCAAUGCUGAGAAGUGGAUCUACGGAGUCAACUAAUCCUUUUUUCUUUUUCAGGGUUUUAUUUUAUUUUUUUCCCUAAUCUCUCAUAUCCGUUAUUUACCGCCUAUUAAUGAGCAGAGAACACAACAUGCAGAGGAUGCCCAAAACUAAAUAUUUCUACUUUGGUGGGGAAAAACCCAUCUGCUGCGAAAUAAUUUUAAUAAAUUGUAUUAUUGGAGCUAGAGUUGAUCACCCGCAACGACGGUGGUUCUCUUGCUCACUACUGUUUCUGUUGUUAUAAUAAUGAGGAGAUUAGUUAUCAAACGAUUACUUCGGCUUC